UGUUGAUUGCGGACAGCAAUAAUGACACAGAGAAGAUGCAAGAUUACACACAAGGGUUACUCCCCAGCGAAAGUAUGCAAGAUGAUAAACUAUGCGAGUGAUGCGGAUGCGAGAGUAUGAUGCCGAGGAUAUAAGUAGUGAGGAAAACGUCUAGAGAUGCAGAGGGAAGGCGUGAGGCAAAAUGCAGGAGAAUCGACAGCUUUUGAAAGUGUGGGUCAUCAUCAGCGCAGCAGUAGAGAACCCCCAAGAGUCCCGAAGAGAAGAAAAUGAGAGAGAGCGCAGGCGACGUCUAUGGUUGGCCGAUUAAACGGUUAUUUUUUGUUUUAGUGGCUUGCGCAUCGUCAAUGCUGGCGAGCCCGGUGAAUACGACGUUGGUGUUGUCUGAGCAGCGCGAACCCUCAUGUCAGCCCGAGGUUUCUCAGAGGGAAGGCGCCGGGGUCAAACGUACCGGACUCGGUGCGGUGUACGCGGAUGGCGGGUGCCCUGAGGCAGCGCUUUUCGAGAGGACUUUCUUCAGCUUUGCUUCACUCUCGGCUGCGCGCUGUGCUGACAUGGAACUCGGGUGCAGCGCGAUCCCGUCUAGACUCCUGGCUUGUGGGAGCGAGGACAGCGAGCAGGCGAGGCUUGGGAGUGAGAUGAGCUGUUCGGGAGCUAUGGCAGAGCUCGAGGACGAGCGGGAUGAGCCGGACUUGGUGGACAUGGCGCAAGGAAACGUGGUAUGCUCGCGCGGGUUGAAGCGAGGAUGUGGGAGGGUGUGCUAGGCACGAGAGCAGGGCUUUUACGCGACAGAGAGGUACGCGGCGGAUUGGA